CCACGCCACGCCACGCCACGCCGUGCCCCGCGGCUCUCCCGCCGCCCUCCCGCCCACCCAGCGCCGCGGCUCCCCCCGCGCCGCCCCGCUCGCUCUGCAAGAUGGCGGCAGCAACCGAGCGCGCCGCGGAGCUGCCCGCGGAGCCGCCGCGGGGGGCUCGGCCGCCACCGCUGGGCCCCGAGGAGGUGGCGAGGCGCCUGGCGAGUACCCGCCGGGAGCUGAGCAACAGGCGCAAGAUCCUGCUGAGGAACCUGCCGGCAGAGAGCAGCAGCCAGGAAAUCCAUGACUUAUUUAAAGAUUAUGAAAUCAAGUAUUGUUAUGUGGACAGAAAUAAAAGAACAGCAUUUGUUACUCUGUUAAAUGGAGAGCAGGCUCAAAAUGCGAUUCGGAAAUUUCACCAGUAUUCUCUUCGGGGAAAAGAAAUAUCUGUGCAACUCCAACCAACAGAUGCUUUGCUGUGCAUUACUAAUUUGCCCAUUUCAUUUACGAUAGAAGAGUUUGAAGAACUUGUGCGUGCAUAUGGCAAUGUUGAGAGAUGUUUUUUGGUCUAUAAUGAAGUUACUGGCCAUUCAAAGGGCUAUGGCUUUGUGGAAUAUAUGAAGAAGGACUCUGCUGCAAAGGCGAGACUGGAACUUCUGGGGAAACAGUUAGAUGAGAGCAUUCUUUUUGCACAGUGGAUGGAUGUGAACCAGUUGACAACAAAUCUUAUUCACUCCAAGUGCCUUUGUGUAGAUAAACUUCAAAAAGACUACACUGAUACAAAAGAACUGAUCCAAGCUUUCUCACUAAAGUAUAAACCUGUUUUCUGCCAGUUUGCUCAAGAUGAAGAUAGUUAUAUUGGUGACUUUGCGGUGGUUGAGUAUGAAACUGCAGAGCAGGCUGAGAAAGUACAAGAAGUCACCGAUGGCGUGAUUAUCAAAGGAAAGAGAGUCCAGGUGUCAUACUGUGCUCCGGGAGCGCCAGGCAGAAGCACGUUAGCAGCACUUAUAGCAGCGCAAAGGAUGAUGAGGAACAAUAGGAAAGGCUUGCUUCCAGAGCCAAAUCCAGUGCAGAUCAUGAAAAGUUUUAAUAAUCCAGCAAUGUUGCAAAUGUUACUGCAGCCCCAGUUGCGUGGACAUGCUGUUAAACCUGUUCUUGGAGCAUCUGCAGGUUUACCUCACCUUAUAAACUCAGCAGUUGGCCCACCUUUUUUGCAGUUGAAUAAAGUUCAUCAGAGUUCAGUUCUGGGGAGUACAUCUAACUUACUGCUGCAGAGCCCUGCUCACCUACCAUUGCCACAGCAGCAAUUGAUGAAGAUGGAAAACAUUCAGGCUAAUAGUAAACCAGGUUUGCUGGGAGAACCUCCAACAAUGCUGCUUCAGACAGUACUGGGAAUAGGGGUAAUGCCAUCACUGAGUUCAGGCAUGGGAACCCGUGGAGAAGCUCUUAAGUCAUCUAAUCUGACUCCAAUUCAAACACCAGCAACAGCGAUGGGCAUGCUGCCAUUCUUUCCGAAUCAGCACAUUGUUGGACAAGCUAUACCAGGGCAAAAUAACGCUCCAGAUAAACAAUCAACUACCGAAGCAGUUGUCUCAGGAUCCCAGCCUUAUCAUCAGACCUUAACAAAUAUUUCUGCGGGAGCUUUGCGGGCUGGACAUGCCAAACAACAAAAUCAACUAAAAAGUACUGAUACAAGUUUGGGGACACCCUUGAAAAAACAGACUUCGCUGCUAGGAGAACCCCCAAAAGAAAUACGUCUUAGUACCAACCCCUACUUGAAUUUGGCCAGUGUGUUGCCUGGUCUAUGUCUUCCAGCAAUUGCCAGCAAAGCCUCUAGUCCACCGCAGCAGACUGGACUUUCGAACAACAUGGUGGAUGCUGCUGUGUCUCAGGGAACUACAUCACAACAUGCAAUGGAAAAUUAUUUUAAUUACUCUCAACAGCAUGGGGAGUACUCACAGGAGGCUGUUCAGCAAUGGUAUCAGCAUUAUGCUCAGGCAUAUAGCUCUAACCAGGCAAGAGUCGAUGAAUUUGCAAAUGAAGCCUCUGAGGAAUCUACGGGUGGAUCUUACCCAGACUACAGUACCUGCUUGCAGGUCAUGCCUACACUUUACAGUGGAGCCCAGGGAUCAUACCAGCCAGGCAGCUUGCAGCUUCCUCCACAAAACCCAUUAAAUAAGGUGGCUCCAACGAGAAGUGAGAAGCGAGGCUCUUCAUACCUCAUUUCCUCCCCAGAACCUGGCCCCAUGGAGUACCUUGGCCAGCAGACUCAGGGCUCCGCAGUACGUUACGCAGAAUCCUCUCUAAAAAAAAAGCGCGUUUAUUGAGACCUAAAUAAUCACUCCUGCCGUAGGGUGUGAAGGCAGGCUUUUCAUACCUCUGCUAUUUAUUGCUGCCUUAACUUCAGACAAAUAAUUCUUCUUUCUGCGUGGGUUAUAAGUAUCCCAAGAGGAACAACCUCUGUAACAGGCAAAUUUGCCAAGGAAACGGUACGUAUCGCUACGAGGUUAGCCAGUUCUCAGUAGUCAGACUUGCCUUCUGAAAGGAUGGGAUGGUGUUUCCUUUGUUGUCUGCCACUGAACGUAACAGUGGGCUGAAGCUGACAAAGCAACUUGGUGAGUUUUGGUAGCUUACCAGCUGAAAGCAAUAAAAAUAGUGAGGAGGGAAUGCGGAUCCCUUCUCUAGUCCUCAGACUGAGGAAGUGAAAAGAUGACGUCCUGAUAGUGGGAGGUUUUUUCUUAUCUUUUUUAACUCCGAAUGUGGGGUUUUUCCACUCUUACUUUUUCCAGGAUUAAGAGUUCUGCAUUUACAGCCUUUAUAUUUUUAAUAUUUCCUCUUAAUCCUGGAAUGGAGAUAUACCAAAUGUAUUACCAGAGCCUCUGUGAUGUUUUCAAUAAAUGUUUGUUACAAGUAAGAUGCUAUACUGUGUGCUGCCUUGCAAUACUGAAUUCUAAAUGCUUGGACAAUGAAGUAACCCUUAUCUGCUUUUAGGCCAAGAAUCCACAGCUUUUCUUUGGAGUAAGUGAUUUACAGUUUGUGAAUGCACCUGUGUAAAAUGGUGAAGCACUGUCUGCCGUCCAACAGGCGCGUGCGGCAGGAAGGCAGGGCUGCUGGCAACACUUUCAGGUGGUGUAGCAUUGUUAAAGAUGGCUGAAAGUGGAAGUAAUCAACUGCCUGUUGUACUUUUUCUGAUUUCUGGCUCUGGAUGAUGAUCUGAAAUUUGCUGCGCUCCAAAGCCUGCUAAAGCAGAGCAUCCUGGCUCUGUUUUUUUUUUUGGUUUGGUUUGGUUUUUUCACUUCUCCUUAUGUAUUACCUUUUGCAUGCAGUAGUUUGCAGAAGAAAGACGAGCUAUUUACUUGCUGACCUGUGUGCGGAACGGGCUCACACCCACACGCUGUGCAGCACAGCAGCCUGCGGGGCUGCCGGUGCCAGCACGGCACGGACGGGGCUGCCUCUGUGCGUCGCCCAGCCCCUCUCCGCCGGGGCCUGCGGCCCACAGCUCCCAGGCCCUGGGUCCCAGCUUUGUCCUUCCUUCCUUUUUUUUAUUUAAACAGCCUUUAUAUUUUUAUCUAAUUCAGUAAGUAAUCCUGGCUGGAGUCUUUCUUUUCUGCUGUUAAUCGUGGUAGCUGAAGACUUAGAAAUGUUACUAUUGAAAUCAGUGUUUGUGACAAAUACGCUACGAGCCAGCCCUCUGUGACGGAUGCUGUGGGUUUGCUGCCUUGGAAUCCUGUUGCAAAGUCACUGGACUUAAUUCACUGAGCACUGAGGCCUGAAGCCAGGUCCUUCUUACUUAAUCUUGCUAGAUAACAUUGAAGCCAUUUUUUUUUUUUAAUAGCAAUAUAAACAAGGGAAAAAAAAAAAAAAGGUCUUAAACUCUGCCUUUCAAGCAAGGUGAUGUGACCAGGAUGCAUAUUUUCAAAGCUUAAAAAAAAAAAACCAAAACCACACAAAACACCACAAUCAGAAUCACUCCUCCCGCCGCAGUCGUGGUGUGGCGCUAGUAGGCAGAGUGCGACCAGGCAGUAACUGCUUAAGACAGCCGAAUAGCAACGCAGGUUAUGGGAGCUUUUCUGGGAAUCUACAAGUAUGUAUUGAUAAACUCACUGUAAUAUUUUCUUCAAACUGUUUGUAUAUGCAACUUUCUCAACUUGUUACGCUUUUCAAUGACAAUAAAUUGUUGGUACGCAUUUAAAGUGGAUUCCUGUGGGAGGAAAACAUCUCUGGGCUGCCCUUAAAAUAAUCAUUUAAUGUAGGGGAAGGUGGUUUUGAAGGUGACCCGUUCUGAUCACCAUUCCUAUGGAAGUUACGUUUUAAAAUCUGUUUAAUUUAUGAUUUAAAAAGAUACACGUGGAGAAAAAAAAUCUUUAUUAGAUUUGUUUGUAUAAAGAGUAACAAAGUGCUUACAGAUUUAAAUCAGGUUCAUAAGUGACAUACAUACAGAAAAACCACAUAAUACUGUAAAAAUAAAUCUGACCUUGCUGGAGCUCAUAAUUACAAUUUUUUAAUAUAUAUAUAUAGGUAUAUAUUUAAAGAAAUCUUUCUGUUAUUGCCAGAACUGAGUCUCUCCUCAAAGUAUUUUCAAAAUCAAGGUGUGUUGGGAAAACAUUAGCGCCCAGGUUUUAGGACACGGGUCAGCAGAAGGUUUCCAGUUAAACCACCAUUUAUUGCAGCCUGACAGGUUUACAAAAGAAGAGUAGCAUGUGCCCUCACUUGACUUGCUUACAGGUUAAAUGCUAAAUCUGGUCCUGCCGAUAAAACGUGUGGUCCCAGUCUGGCCCCACUGGCUCUCCCAUUGGUUAACUGAAUACUGCAUAAGUGCCUGGUUUGAGCCUGUAAGUCAAAUUAAGUAAAGGCCAAUGCUGCUGUUUAAAGAAUCGGUGUCUUAGGCGCGGCUGUACAGAAGAACUGCUAAAAUGAUUUAACAUGCUGGCCCAAGAAGUCACUGACCAAAACAAAUGAGUGAGAUGUGCACCCCUGGUAACAAAAAGACUGUUAACGGGUGUUUGAGGGCUCUCCUCCUCUCCUAGGGAUGCUGCCCCAGGGGCUCAGUCUUCAACUUUAGAUGAUUAUUCUUUGUUAGGGGAGUGCUUCCCCAGAUUCUCCUGUAGGUGGAUUCAUUUUCUCUUCUAGCCCCGAAGUAUGUAAUUAAUUUCCCAUGCACAUUUCACCACAGUGUAGUUCAUCUGCAGUACAAGCUGAAAAGCAUUGUGUUUGCAUGUCAGAUAGCUACGUAAAUGGUGGAAGCUUCAGCGGGUAGAAAUGUGUAAUGUGGAAGGGCUGAGUUAGGAGAAGGAAAUAUAUUUAUCCAGCAACUGGGUUUCCCCAUGAAAUCUGUCACUAUACAUGCUGAUCCGUGUUUUUUUGUUGGGUUUUCUUUUUUAACACAACAGUCAACCAAUUUUUAUUUUUUUUUUUUUGGAAAUAUAUAUAAGAGCUCAGAACUGCAGACUGGUUUAGAUGAGCUAAUUACUUUGUCACCUCUGGCUUCUUAUGCCAGAGUCGUAAAUUUAAGUGCACAUAAAGGAUAUUUGUCAGCCAAACUUUUUUUUAAACACAAAACACCAUAAAAAUUACAAAAUCACUGUACCAAGUCCUCUUAGGUCCACUAGUUUAGUUAUUCAAGGCAUGAGCGUGUGCAGCAGACUUGUUUUAAAUGCUACAGAUUGCACUGAGAACUGCAGCACUUUCUGACACUGUUCUUUCAGUUCGCAUUCACCAGGGUAGUUCAAAUUGUGGCGAGACCAUAAUCAGAUAAAGAUAAAACUGCCUUGCAAAAACAGCAGCAAAAGGAGUUCAAGCUAUUAUUUCUGCCAUACCUUUUAAUUAAUUUGAUCCAACUGUUGACUAAACUGAAAAAGGAAAACUGUUGGAAGAAGAAUCCUUUAGACACAUUAGCACAGUCAGAGUACAAAUUACAGCAAUUAAAAAAAAAAAAGAAA